AUUGUCUUGACUCUUGACCGCGACGCGCGACGCGUCGAGCACAUCAAAUUCAUAUCAUAUUAUAACCACCAUUUCUUGACAAUAUCAUGUCGGAAGCGCUUCGCCGCUCUACCAUGCAACCUGCCACUGACAUAUAUGGCAACACUCGGUCAGGCCUACCAAUGCCAUCAACAGCAAAGAAAGCAUCAUCGUCUGCUAUGCGCAUGUCGCUCGCUGGGCCAGCAGCCCGCACACCCUACCUGCCACAGGGCGCUGGUUCUGGUUCAAAUUCAGGACAUGCCAGUCAUCGGUCACAGAAUGUGAAUCCACUGCUGCAAAGUACGAGUAAACCAAAUUAUGGGCGUACACCUUUAACCAAUUCCUCUAGGAGGGGCUCAAUAUGGACAGGUGGUGCGUCUCUCGCUCCACCUUCCAGCAGUCAAACAUUCAAGGACCCUCGACCGAUUCGAGAGCGCUCGUAUCAAUCGAAAAUGAAGCAAGAAAUAUACUCCUGGCUGCAAGCGACGGAAUUUGACAUCUCUAUGCAAACACUGUCGAACAUUACUGGCAAAGAUUACCGAGCUAUGUUUCAACACCUUGUGGCUAUUGUGGACCCUGGAUACCCGUUUGAUACUCGCCUUCGCUUUGAAGACGAAUUUCAACCCGCUCUCAAAGCUCUGCGAUAUCCGUUUGCCUCACAAAUUGACAACAAGUGGCUGGCUGCUCCAGGCAGUAUGCAUUCAUGGCCUGCUCUACUAGCAGCCUUACAUUGGCUCGUUGAGAUGGGAAAGGCCCGGCUGAACUAUUUGGAGAGCGAGGAUGACCCCACACUACAAAUUAUUGACAGAAUUCCCGAAGAGUUUAGCGACCCUAUUCAUCAUCAGGCGCUUGCAUUCGAAUACUUUUCAGAAGCAUAUGUUGCUUUUUUUCACGGCGCAGAUGUAUUCCACGAACAGGACAAAGCACUGGAAGCUAGCUAUGCAAAGAAGAACGAGAGGGUGGUUGGCGACUUAGAGGAGAAGAAAGGACUACUAGCACGAGGAACGAAGGAGUUGGAUGAACUUCAGUCAUCUAAGGCACCUCUGGAAAAACUCCAGAAAAUUCGGGCGUGCAUCUUGGAUGACCGAGCCAAAUUUGACGACGUUUUGCACCGCUUGGAGUCACGGAAGAGACAGCUCACUGAAUCGGUAGCUCGCGAGAAAGCGGAACUCGCUGCUCGAUCUCAAAACUUGGAGCAACUGAAGGCCGAGCAUGAAAAACUUACCGAGGUUGUGAAAGUUCAGAACUUGACACCAGAAGAAGUGAUUCGCAUGAACACUGAUCAUGAAACACUGGCACGCAAUCUGGAGGACCUCAAAUACAAGAUUUCUGAAGCGCACAAGACAGUCAUGUCGCUGGAAGUUAUAACAACCAACCGUGGAGCUGCAGCAGAAGAGGCACUAGAUCUCUAUGGCAAUCUUCUAUCUAGCCUGGGUUUGUUUCCCCCUCUCCCGCCCCCAUUCGAGAACACCGACCUCAGGUUGGAGCUGAACACGGCCACUGCGAAUCCUCAGCAGCUACUGCUAGGUUCUGAUAUCCGCAAGGUCAUAAAACCUACACUAAGCAGCGUGGCCGAAAUUAAGAGAACGGACCGAGCAGACAUUGAAAGCGAGCGCAUCAAGGUGGAUCACGAACUUGAUCAGAUGACUCUGGAAUGCGAGAACGUCGACGAGGAGGUGCGAGAAAUUGAGAAGAAGGUGAUGAGCCUGAAUGAGCAGGCGGAUGACCUUCGAGACGCUGCUCAACAAGAGUCUAUGGUAAGCAAUGCGGAAACUGCCCGACUGGAGAGAGAACUUGCCCAUGCGCGCACGGCCGCUUUAUCGAGUGGAAUGGGGGUAAAAUCAAGACUUCAGGCAUUGCAAUUCGACUAUCGAGAGCAAAUAGCGAAGGUUUCACGAGUGAAAGAUGAGACUAUCAGAGCUAUUGCCAAGAACAGCAAUGAAAUCGGUCUCUUUAAAGAAGAAGUUUCUGCGCAACUGCGGCGCCUCAGAGAUUUUGUGGAGGAAGGGAACUGAUGUGGAGUACCCCUGUUACUAGUACUGGCUGGCCGUCGUAUUUUUGAUGUAUUUGAGGAAUUGGUUAUAGCCUGGUCAUACGUACCAGAUUGGAUGCAAGAA